CAUAAGGAGAACAUGGUGAGAUCAGUGCUCUUUGCUUGCUGUUUUUUAGCCCUUGGAUGGGGCUUGGCGGCCCGGAGAUGUCCACCCAACUUUAAUCUAGUUGGACACAAGUGUCUGUAUAUUUCCCCAGAAAAGGCCGAUUGGUUUACCGCGGAUCGCUUUUGUGGCAGUCUAGGGGCCGAAAUCUAUGUGGCUGACGAUUCUGAUGAUAAAAUGCUCCUUACCGAAUAUCUAUCCACACACGAUCUGAUAGCCGAAAGAUAUUGGGACUCUAUGUGGGCAGGAAUUAACUGCUUGGGUAACAAUCGCAAUUUUGUAAGGGCAAGGGAUGGUAGUGCUGUGUUUUUGGAUUGGAUGCGAGCUGAACCUAACAAUCGCGGUGGCGACGAGGACUGCGUGUCUUUUGUCAACUACGAAGGGGAUUGGAACUCUGGUUACCUAGACGUUAAGUGUAGCUUGGAUCUGAAAUAUAUUUGUCAGAUUUAUGGAAAACGAUUUAUAAAAUAUUAAAAAUAUAAAUGAACUUAGCGGAAUAUCAAA